ACGUGACGUCAUUGUUGCGACACGCCACGUGGUUUACGGAAGUAAACACAUGUCGAUAGUGAAAGCAGAGGUUUCAACAUCACUAAACCAUCAUUGGUGAAACAUAGCUGACACUGUCGUUUUAGGAAAUUAGAAAGUGGUCUGACAGCACAGUUUUGUGAACAGCGAUCAGCAUGGCAACAGGUGCCAAAAGAUUAAAGACAGACGGCAUCUCGUCAGAUACCCCAGUGCUGGACCCUCUCCAGAGUUUUUUGCAGUGGUGUGAAGGGGUGGGGCUGAAACACAACGAAAAGGUGUACUUCAGCAAGGAGGGCACAGUGGCAGAGUAUGGCAUGCUGGCUAAGGAGGACAUAGAAGAGGGAGAGUUGCUUUUCACUGUACCCAGAACGGCUCUUUUGCACCAGGGCACCACUAAGGUGCUUGCUGUGUUAGAGGAGGGUAAAGCCUCUCUGGAGAACACAUCCGGCUGGGUGCCUCUCCUCCUGGCUCUAAUGUAUGAGUACACAUCUCCUCAGUCCCACUGGAGGCCUUACUUGUCCCUCUGGCCUGACUUCACUGCCCUGGAUCACCCCAUGUUCUGGUCGAAGGAUGAGAGGGACAGACUCCUGAAAGGUACCGGUAUCCCAGAGGCGGUGGACACCGACCUCACCAACAUCCAGAAAGAGUACAAAGACAUCGUCCUACCGUUCAUGAGGCUACACCCUGACUUGUGGGAUCCAGAGAGACACACACAGGAUCUCUACAGAAGCCUGGUGGCUUUUGUCAUGGCUUACAGUUUCCAGGAGCCCCUGGACGAGGAGGACGAGGAUGAAAAGGACCCCAACCCCCCCAUGAUGGUCCCCAUGGCAGACAUGCUGAACCAUGUGUCCAAUCACAAUGCCAAUCUGGAGUACACGCCAGAUUGCUUGAAGAUGGUGUCAGUGCGAAGUAUCUGUAAAGGAGAGGAAGUUUUCAACACCUAUGGUCAGAUGGCCAACGGGCAGCUCCUCCACAUGUAUGGCUUUGCUGAGCCGUACCAAAGCAACAGCAAUGACACUGCAGACAUACCCAUGUCCAAUGUGUACAAAGCAGCUGUGCAAGUGACCGAGUCUGAAGCCGAACAGCGCCUCCUGGUGGAGAAGUGGAGUCUGUUGUGCGAGAUGGAGAUGGUCGGAGACGAGGGAGUCUUCAUUUUCGGAAAGUUGGGGUCUCUCACUGACACGGAGAUGUACACAACACUCAAGAUCCUGUGCAUGUCAGCGGAGGAGUUUGAGGAGUUCAGAGAGAACGAAGGCUGGGAGGAAGCAGAGGACGAUGAUGAUGAGAAAAUGUUGCAGGCACUCUCUAACGAAGGACUGCCCAGUUUGGCCCCUCUGUGGAAGCGCCUGGUUCACGCUGCGGUCUGCUUCACACUGGACUCCUAUGGCGAGGACAUGCAGAAGGACCGGUUGCUGCUGGAGGAUAAAGACGGCCACGCUAAAUUGAACAGCCGGGAGAGGAGGGCACUACAGGUCCGCUAUGGCCAAAAGACUAUCCUGAACCAGCUCCUGGAGCUCACCAGACCCUGAAAUAACAUUGAAUCCAUUCCAAAGCGCCACCUGAUUUGAUAGCCACGUAGUCAAAUUUGUAACUUAAGCUGACCAGUAGCUCUCUUAUAAAAGAGGUCUAAUUUGACCAUAUAUCCCUGUGAGGUUGGAUGGAUUUUAAGGUGGCUUAAGUACUGUUCCAGUCAAGAUCCUUGGUGUGUUACUUAAGAUGUUCCAACAUUAACCUGAUUGAUAAUUUCUUACAACCUGAUCAUGAGUGUUUACUUUGAUUUAUAAAAAUAUUUAAACUAAGGUUUAAAUAGCAUCA